GCUGGCCGGCGCCGCCUUCCCGGCCGACUUCUGCGAGGGCACCUUGCCCUACUCCUACAACCUGUGCGUGCCGCCGCCGGCCCGCGCCGUGCCCGAGGCCGCUUGGCCGCCGCCGCCGCCGGUGCCGGCGGUGCCCGUCCUGUCGGCGGAGGAGCUUCUGGGCGGCGAUUCCUGCGAGAAGCCGAGCCCGAGCAGUCACGUCGUCGUGGGAGAGCCGCCCGCCGAUGCUGCUGCACUGCAGGUGUGUAAAGCGUGAGAUCUUUCUGCUUUUGAAACUUUCUGAAACGUCGUUCAUGUUUUCCGGGUAUUCUCUGCGUGGUGUAUAAGGAGACUCUUCAUUUGUGUUUCUACGUAGUGGCAGAAGUUUUGCAUUUUAUUCUCGGUUACAGAUUCAGCUGACAGGCUUUGUUUAUGGCUCUCCUUUCGGCUCGUAGCAGCGUUUCUCAGAGUUUCUCUGUGUUUCCUGAGAUUGAAGUUUUUGUUUUUGUGGGUUGCACUGUUCUGUCUUCGUGAUGGAGUGAAUUAAGGAACGGGCAAUGCCCCGUUAACGGUAGAGGAGGAAGCACUUGGUUCUUCCUUGGUCUCAGAUUAAGCUUCAGCUGCCAGGUUUUGUCUUCAGCUGUUGAGCUCUAUCAUUUGCAAUGUGUUCGCAGUACCGCAUGCACACUGGUAUUGGUAUUCUGUGGAAGGAGAAUGGCUGAUUGUCCCUGAGGGGGUCGCGGAAAAAGGAGAAAAGCACUGACAGCGGGUUUUGGAGCUUUCAUCCUUCCUGACUGCUUUGUUUAGUAAAGUUGUGCUUGGAGUAGAGCGUUACACAAACCCGUUCAUUAAACUUUGUAUUUAUUCCGGUUUGAUUUAGAAGGGAAACGAAAGUGGGAAGCUCCGUUGUCCAUGCUGGGUGAAAAAAGCGAUUGUUGCCCUUUUCUAGGGGGAUUGCAGUAGUGGGACUGGAUGGCUUCUUUUUAUACAUUCUGGCUGGCAGUUCGCUGUUUUGCCCUUCAUGAUGUUUAUUUUAUAUGCUCGUGAUCGGCUUGAAUGCUUUUUCUGUCAGAGAUUUUCAUUUUUCUAUCCUUUUCUCACAGUGGUGUUGGAGGUUUCAGCAGAACUCGGGUAUAUCGGGAACAAAAAAUAGCUGAAAUUCUGUUGGCUAGGAUGGACAUCUGAGAUACGAAGGCAUCACAUAUGAGGGAGAUUGUCCAGAACAUGGUUCAGACACUUGAAUCAAUCCCAUUUGCAUAUUGAUGAUUAGCCAGCACAGUUUCAAGAGCAUAAUGGUACUUUAGUUCUAUGGUUCUAUAAUUCCUUUCUUGGAAACACAUCGUAUCAGCGUGGUUACGAAAUGCAUAAAUUAAUCGUUUACUAAUGAACUUCAAUUCUUUACAUGUUGAUUUCAGAAUAAAAGAAGCCUAGAAUGAAUUGAUGAAACGUAAAUCUCUGUUAUUUAAUGAAACACUAUGUUUCUUUUAGGAUGGGAUGUGAAAGAUUUGAAGUUCUGAAAGUUUUCUUUUAAGUGUUUUAGCUGCAUCUUUCUGACAAAGAAAAUUAUUAUUAUUUUCAGUUAUUCAGUGCUGUAACAAUUAGGUCCCUGACUUGAAGACGCAUGCAAUUGCUCUCGUCCUGCUUGUGUAAAUGAACCUGAUAGCUGUGUUUAUUCGGGAUAUGAAAUCCUCCCGUUUCCCUCUGAUAGCCUGUUGUUGAAGAUGCUUUUGUACAAAAACCAUAAGGCUAACCGUAAGCUACAGGGUAAAAUACGAAAAAUGUAUUUGAAUUUACAUAUAAUGUCAUUAGUAAGUGCUUCGAUUCCCGUGCGGUUGAAGAACCGCCCUCACGGAAUAUCUCUGCCUUCCUCCCGAUCGCGAUGCCCUGGAGGGUCAAAGGCGAGAUGGGCUGGAGAAAAGCGGAGGCAGGAGAUCGGCGCGGGCCGGAAAGCGGCGUGUGGGUGGCGAGUGGUCCCUGUUUGUGGGCAGGCAGGGCGGGCAGCGCUCGGUGUCUGCAGUGCCGGGAGGAGGCUGCGGGCGCCGCUGUUGACCGAGAGGAGCGAGAGGAGGAUCGGAGCGCUGCCGUCAGCCCCGCCCGCUGCGGCCAGGCUGGAUCGCUGGAUCGCUGGAUCGGUGGUGGGUGGGCAGCCCGGGCGGCGGUGUGCGAUCGUCCUGCCGGUGCGGAUCCGUGCGGCGGAGAGGCGGCGGAGGCUGGGGCAGGGCCCGGGAGCGGAGAGGCCGGUGGGAAAGGUCAGCAAGCGCUGGGAGCUGAGCAGCAGCGGCAGCGGGGAGCUAAGUUGGCGGAGAUGAGCUGGGCGGGGAGGCGCUGGGGCCGGCGGCAGCGAGCUGUGCUCUGGGCCGUCCUGCUGGCGGCGUGGGAGGCGGCGUGGGGGCAGCUGCGCUACUCGGUGCCCGAGGAGCUGCCCAAGGGCUCGUUCGUGGGCGACGUGGCCAAGGACCUGGGGCUGCAGCUGCCCGAGCUCAGAGCUCGCGGCGUCCGCAUUGUCUCGGAAGGUCAGACGCAGUAUUUCUUUCUGCACGGGAAGACGGGACAUUUAGUGACGGCGGAGAGGAUCGACAGAGAGCAGCUGUGCCGGCAGGUGGAGAAAUGCGUUCUGCCCUGUGAGCUGAUCGUGGAGGGGGAAAUGAAGUUUUAUGAAAUAGAAGUAGAAAUCAAGGACAUAAAUGAUAAUGCACCCAGCUUCCGAGAGGCAGAAAUAGAUCUCAGAAUGAGCGAGACGACAGCCCCGGGGUCGCGGUUUCCCCUGCCAGACGCGCAUGACCCGGACUGGGGCCGGAAUUCCGUGCAGAGCUACGAGCUGAGCGGUGACGAGCACUUCUCGCUGGCCGUGCAGGCGGGCCCCGGCGGCGAUCAGCGUCCCGAGCUGGUGCUGGCCAAGGCGCUGGACCGGGAGGAGGCGGCGUUUCACGAGCUGCUGCUGAGGGCGAUGGACGGCGGCGAUCCGGCACGGACGGGCACGGCUCGGAUCCGUGUGACCGUGGUGGAUACGAACGACAACGCGCCCGUGUUCAGCCAGGCGGAGUACACGGUGCGUGUGCCCGAGGACGUGCCCGUGGGCUCUGUCCUGGUCACUGUCACGGCCACGGACGCCGAUGAGGGGCUGAACGGACACGUGAAGUACUCGAUUCAGCAAAUUUCAGAGAAAGCCUCACAUAUUUUCCAACUGGAUAGCGAGAAGGGCGAAAUCACCCUGUUGCAGAGCCUGGACUUCGAAAAAGGGGAUUUCUAUAAACUCGAAGUGGAGGCACAUGACGGGGGAGGACUUUUUGACACGGCAAAAGUCAUGGUCACCGUGACAGAUGUUAACGACAACGCCCCCGAACUCACAGUGUCGUCGGCACUGAGUGAGAUCUCUGAGGAUGCGCCAUCGGGGACCGUGGUGGCUCUUCUGCACGUGCAGGACCGGGACUCCGGGGCUAACGGCGAAGUGCGCUGCUCCCUAGAUGGGGACGUCCCUUUCCGACUGCAGAACUCGCACGGCAGUUACUACCGCGUGGUGACAGCGAGAGAGCUGGACCGAGAGCAGGUGUCGGAGUACAACGUGACGGUGCGGGCGGCCGACGGCGGGUCGCCGGCGCUGCAGAGCAGCGCGGUGCUGGCGCUGCGGGUGCUGGACGUGAACGACAACGCGCCGGUGUUCGCGGAGGAGCGGUACAGCGCGCGCGUGGGUCGGACGCAGUAUUUCGCAUUGCACGGGAAGACGGGACAUUUAGUGACGGCGGAGAGGAUCGACAGAGAGCAGCUGUGCCGGCAGGUGGAGAAAUGCGUGCUGCGCUGUGAGCUGAUCGUGGAGGGAGAAAUGGAGUUUUAUGAAAUGGAAGUGGAAAUCAUGGACAUUAAUGACAACGCGCCGAGUUUCGGUGAUUCAGAAAUAGAGCUCAGAAUGAGCGAGACGACAGCUCCGGGGUCGCGGUUUCCCCUGCCAGACGCGCAUGACCCGGACUGGGGCCGGAAUUCCGUGCAGAGCUACGAGCUGAGCGGUGACGAGCACUUCUCGCUGGCCGUGCAGGCGGGCCCCGGCGGCGAUCAGCGUCCCGAGCUGGUGCUGGCCAAGGCGCUGGACCGGGAGGAGGCGGCGUUUCACGAGCUGCUGCUGAGGGCGAUGGACGGCGGCGAUCCGGCACGGACGGGCACGGCUCGGAUCCGUGUGACCGUGGUGGAUGCGAACGACAACGCGCCCGUGUUCAGCCAGGCGGAGUACACGGUGCGUGUGCCCGAGGACGUGCCCGUGGGCUCUGUCCUGGUCACUGUCACGGCCACGGAUACGGACGAGGGGCUGUAUGGGAAAGUUAAAUACUCGUUGAAAAAAGUGUCAGACUUGGCAUCGGAUAUUUUCCGUUUGGAUUCUGACACUGGAGAGAUCACACUAUUGAGAAGCUUGGACUUCGAGGAAGGUGAGUCCUACGAACUGGGGUUGCAGGCACAUGAUGGUGGAGGUCUUUUUGAUACAACCAAAGUUACGAUCUCAAUCACAGACGUCAACGACAACGUGCCAGAGAUUUCAGUAAGGUCGUCGAUUACUGAAAUAUCUGAGGACACUCCGUUGGGGACUGUUGUUGCCCUCCUACAUGUGCAGGAUCGUGACUCAGGGGCGAAUGGCAAGGUGCACUGCUCCCUAGAUGGGGGCGUCCCGUUCCGACUGCAGAGCUCCCACGGCAGCUACUACCGUGUGUUGACAGCGAGAGAGCUGGACCGGGAGCAGGUGUCGGAGUACAACGUGACGGUGCGGGCGGCCGACGGCGGGUCGCCGGCGCUGCAGAGCAGCGCGGUGCUGGCGCUGCGGGUGCUGGACGUGAACGACAACGCGCCGGUGUUCGCGGAGGAGCGGUACAGCGCGCGCGUGGUGGAGAACAACGCGGCGGGCGCGCUGGUGCUGACGGUGCGCGCCACGGACGCGGACUGGGGGCAGAACGCGCGCGUGCGGUACCGGCUGGCGGAGGGGCGGGUGCGGGGCGCGGCAAGCAGGGCGGGCAGCGCUCGGUGUCUGCAGUGCCGGGAGGAGGCUGCGGGCGCCGCUGUUGACCGAGAGGAGCGAGAGGAGGAUCGGAGCGCUGCCGGCAGCCCCGCCCGCUGCGGCCAGGCUGGAUCGCUGGAUCGCUGGAUCG